AUGAAAUCGUCUGAUGAGGAUCUGAAUUCUGAAAGCGAACAUCUAGUUGGCCUGGUGACCUUGGAGGAGGUGUCUGUAUACUUCACGGAGGAGGAGUGGGCCCUGCUGGAUCCGGACCAAAGACGCCUUCACAAGGAGGUCAUGGAGGAAAACCGUCAGAAUGUGGCCUCUCUGGAAGAAGCACUUCUGGUUGCCAAACCUGAUUCUACUUCCAAGCUGCAAGGAAACAGCAACCUAUUUUUCCAGGACCUAGAUGAAAGAGAGAGAUCAGCAGAACCUGAUUGUCCCCAGAACAAGGAGUGCUUACAGUGUGGAAAGAGCUUUGCUGAGAGUAUAGAUGUAACUACCCAUCAAUGUACGUACACUGGGGAGAAACCAUAUACAUGCCUGGAGUGUGGAAAGAGCUUUGCUCAACGUACACAGCUCACUGCCCAUCAACGAAUCCACACAGGAGAGGAACCAUAUAAAUGCUUAGACUGUGAAAAAAGCUUUGAUCAGUGUGGCACCCUUACUUCCCAUCAACAAAUCCAUACAGGGGAAAAACCAUAUAAAUGCUUGGGGUGUGGAAAGAGCUUUGCUUGGAGUAAAGAUGUUACUACCAAUCAACGUACACACACUGAGGAGAACCCAUAUAAAUGUUUGGAGUGUGGAAAGAGAUUUGCUCAGAUGGAGGAGGAGGACCUCCCCAGCGCCGCUGCCGUUCACCAGCCUGGCUUCGGGUGA